AUGACCACGACUCCGCCGCUCCAAAUUGUGCCCUGCGGCUCGUACGACAUCGUCCUGGGCACGUCGCUGCUCCAGUCGCAGUACGUCGCCAAAGACCUCCUCGAUCGCCUGCCGUCCAUCUCGACGUUCGUGAUCCUCACCGAUGCCAACGUCGGCCCGCUGUACGCUGAGCCCCUUUGCGCUCAACUGACGGCGGCGCUCCUUCAAGCGGCCACCGCCCACUCCACGCGCCGCGUGCUCCUGCACACGAUCCCAGCAGGAGAAGCGUCCAAGAGCCGCGCGAUGAAGACCGCGAUCGAAGACACGGUGCUCUUCCCCGCGCGCUGCCAUCGCGACACGUGCAUCGUGGCCGUCGGCGGCGGCGUCGUGGGCGAUUUAGCCGGCUACGUAGCAGCCACGUACAUGCGCGGCGUCCCGUUCGUCCAAGUGCCGACGUCGCUACUGGCGUGUGUGGACUCGAGCAUUGGCGGGAAGACGGGCAUCGAUGUGGCCGUGGGCAAGAACCUGCUGGGCGCCUUCCACAUGCCGCAGCGCGUGUACAUUGACCUGAGUGUGCUGCAGACGCUGCCGAAGCGCGAGCUCGUGAACGGCUUGGCCGAAGUGGUGAAAGCCGGCGCGAUCUUCAGUCCCGAGCUCUUUGACCUGCUCGAGACAGAGGCCGAGACGAUCGUGGCGCUCGCGGACAUGGACGUCGUACAGCGCGUCGUGGCGUUGACGGUGCAAGUGAAAGCGACAGUCGUGACACAGGAUACGGAAGAGAGGGGACUGCGCGCGAUCCUCAACUUUGGCCACAGUAUCGGACACGGCAUUGAAGCGCUGCUGCAGCCCGAGUUCCUCCAUGGCGAGUGCGUUGCAAUCGGCUGCAUUAAAGAGGCCGAGAUUGCACGUGGUAUGGGCGUGUGCACAGCAGCAACGGUUGGUCGAUUGAGACGGUGUCUCACGACGUAUGGACUCCCCGUGCGGGUCCCAGAACAUGUAGCGACGCGCGAUAUCCUGGUGAAGAUGGAAGUCGAUAAGAAGAAUGCUGGCGGCGUCAAGAAGAUUGUGCUGCUGCAGGAGAUUGGCAGGGUGCUGGCUGACCCGUAUGCGCGGGCUGUGGAAGAUCGACAGAUUGAACUGGUGCUGGCGGAACAAGUUCGCAUAGUCCCUGGUGCCAAAGCAAACGGUACCAUUCGGGUCCCUGGAUCGAAGUCCAUUUCAAAUCGCGUGCUGCUUAUGGCUGCUCUUGGUAGCGGUCCGUGCCGCAUCACGGGUCUCUUGCACUCGGACGAUACGCAAGUGAUGAUGAAUGCGUUGCAGAAGGUUGGCGCCAAGUUUUCGUGGGAGAAUAGCGGUGAUGUACUGCUUGUCGAAGGCACUGCCGGGAGGUUUUGUACUGUGGCCGACGGCGAGGAGAUCUACUUGAGCAACGCUGGUACAGCUGCUCGCUUUCUUACGAGCGCGAUGACGCUGGUGCCGCACGAGGACAAUGGCACAGUGAUCGUCACGGGCAAUCACCGCAUGAAGGAACGUCCGAUUGCACCACUGGUAGAUGCGCUGCGUGAAAACGGAUGCGAGAUUGUGUAUACUGAGAGUGAAGGGUGCCCACCACUCGCGAUCCGUGGCACUGGCUUACGUGGCGGCGCCGUUCGGCUGGCUGCCAAGGUCAGCAGUCAGUACGUAUCAUCUGUGCUUAUCAGCGCACCAUACGCCAAAGAGCCACUCGUACUGGAGCUUGAAGAGGACGAACCGACUUCGCUACCAUACAUUCUCAUGACCAUACAGCUGAUGAAAGAGUUUGGUGUUUCGGUGGAAACGCUUGCUCCCAAUCGCUACCGUGUACCAUGCGGCGUAUACACAAAUCCUGACGCGGUGUCUGUGGAAGUGGACGCCUCGUCAGCCACCUACCCACUGGCGUUUGCCGCUAUUACUGGCGGACAGGUGACUGUAGAAGCUCUUGGCAAUACGAGUCUACAGGGAGAUGCCGCCUUCCACACUCUGCUGCGAUCGAUGGGGUGUACCACGAUGCAGGACGCUACUUCGACGACAGUGACUGGACCGCAGGAUGGCUCACCGCUCAAGGCUGUGGAAGUUGACAUGGAAACCAUGACUGACGCUUUCAUGACUGCUGUUGCCCUUGCUGCUGUGGCGGAUGGCACGACCAAGAUCACUGGGAUCGCUAACCAGCGUGUAAAGGAGUGCAACCGCAUUGAGGUGAUGGUGACCGAGCUGCGUAACAUUGGCGUGGAGUGCGGGGAGCUGCCCGACGGCAUUUGGAUCAAAGGUACGGCAGGCAAGACUGAUCACUUGAAAAAGGCUUCGAUCGAGUGCCAUAACGAUCAUCGUAUCGCCAUGAGCUUUGCGGUCCUCGGGUCUGUAGUAGACAAUGUGAUCAUCACCGACAAAGAAUGCACGGACAAGACAUACCCGGAGUUCUGGGACCACGUGCAAAUGCACCUUGGUCUUCAAGUCACACCUGUCGUCAAGGAGGUGACUGGCGAUAGCGACAUUGACAGCACAGUUCCUGGUGUGUUCGUUGUUGGCAUGCGUGGUGCUGGUAAAAGCUCCCUAGUGAAGGCGGCAGCCACUGCCAUGAAACUGGAUGUCUUGGAUACGGACAGGAUGCUGGAAAAAGAGCUUGGUGAGACUAUUGCCGACUUCGUCGCUCGGCACAAUCACACGUGGGAAGCCUUUCGCAAACUGGAAAAGGAUCUGCUACUGCGUCUGAUCUCGAACCCGCCUCCUGCUACCAUCAUUUCUUGUGGCGGUGGGGUCGUAGAGACCCCGGAAAUCGUGGAUGCGCUCGAGAAGUACCCGUACGUGGUGCACGUUCAUCGCGAUAUCAAGGAUGUUCUGUCGUGCCUGGAUUCUGUGGAGGAGUCGCAUCGUCCGUCAUUAGGUGACAGCCACGCGAAUGUGUGGGUAAAACGGGAUCCUCUGUAUCAGCGCAGCUCGUCGUUUGAAUUCGUUGUGAACGCUGGUGAUGUGGACUACCCGCGCAUCAAUCGCGACUUUGUGCGUCUUCUCUCCUUGAUCAUCCCCAAUCUGCCCACAAGUUUCGACUAUCGAUCUGCCUGUCGCUCCGAUACGUUCUUCCUGUCACUCACGUUCCCCGACGUGAACGAUGCGCGUCCGAUUAUCGAUGAUAUCUCGAAGGACGUCGAUGCGCUGGAGUUGCGUGUGGAUUUGUUGCAGUUUCCCGAGGACGUGGAGUUUGUGGCUGCUCAAGUGACACUCCUUCGUUCGCUUUCGACUCUUCCGAUCAUCUUCACCGUACGCUCGAAAGGGCAAGGUGGCGCGUUCCCGGAUGGCGAGGAACACGAGCAGAAGAUGUUUGAGCUGCUUCGACUGGGUGUUCGCCUGGGCUGUGAGUUCGUGGACAUGGAAACGUGCUGGUCGCCUAAGGCACGUGAGCAACUGGUGGCCGGUCGCCAUCGAUCCGCCAUUAUCUCAUCCUUCCACGCCGUGCAAAAGCCUUCGUCAGAGGCUGACAUCAAUACUAUCUUCCGUGAGUGCUACUCGGAAGGCAAAGUGCAGAUCGUGAAGGUGGUGGUCAAGGCCUAUUCUCCAGAUGAUGCCCUCACGGUUGGCCACGUUGCCAAACACUUCGCGCACGCGUGGCAGCAGCAGAUGCCGAUCAUUUCGCUCUGUACCACCGACGCAGGCAAGCUGACUCGUGUUUUGAACCGCACACUCACGCCGGUGACACACCCGCUGUUGCCUGCAGUCGCGGCGCCUGGGCAACUUUCUGUUGAAGAGAUUAUGACCCUGCGCAAGCAGCUUGGGCUACUUCCAGCUCGUGAGUUCUACCUGUUCGGAUCACCGAUCCAGAAAUCGCCCUCGCCUGCGAUGCACAAUGCUGGGUUCGAGUCCGCGUCGCUCACAUCGCUGUUCACAUACAGCCUGCAUGAUACCACGGACGUCCUGGAAAUCGUGGAGCGGAUGCGAGCACCAGAUACGAGCUUUGGUGGUGGUUCCGUCACGAUUCCACUCAAGCUGGAUAUCAUGGAGCACCUGGACGAGCUCUCGCCAGCUGCACAGGCCAUUGGAGCUGUGAACACGAUUUUGCGUGAGGACCGGAACGGCUCGCCGUAUUGGAAGGGUGACAACACGGACUGGCUAGGCAUCUUCCGUCCCGUCAGCAAGCGACUCGCGACGCUCUGCGUGAAAAAGCCCGUCCAUGAGCUAACUGCGCUUGUAAUUGGCGCAGGCGGCACUGCCAUGGCUGCGUCGUACGCGAUGCGCCAGUUGGGCGUCGGCAAGCUGUUUAUCUACAACAGAACAUUCAACAAAGCUGUCGCUGUCGCUGCGCGCUUUGACGCCGAAACGCUGUCAGAGUUAACGCCCAGGAGACUCGCUACGGUGGACGUGGUAGUGGGCACGAUUCCAGCACAGGCUGGUUUCCAGCUGCCCGAUCACCUCGUGGCUCCGCGCAGUGACGGCAGCAAGGUCGUGGUGCUAGACGCCGCCUAUAUGCCUCCUAUCACACCGAUGUUGGCACACGCGCAUGCGGCGGGCGGUGCGAUGUGCAUCCAGGGCUACGAGAUGCUGUACGAGCAGGCGAUCGAGCAGUUUUACCGCUGGCACAAGGCCACACGAGUAUGGACUGUAAACGAGGAGGCGAUCAAAGAGGCGUGCCGACAACACGUGCCAGUCGAUCAGCGACUCUCCCCAGCCUGA